AUGGUCUGGCCUCCAGAAGCUUUCAUUUCCAUUCAGCUGGAGAAGCGGGGACCCCGAGAUAGGAUGCUGAACACUUUCACUCAAAAGAGAGAGGCGCUGGGCAGCAUGCUUAAAAACCCUGUAAGUACGUCAGGAGGCUCCUCGGCCUUUUUGAGAGGGACUGUUGGGUUUUGGCACGAUGAAGUUCUAAAACUCAAAAGAGACAUUAUUGUUGAAUAUUGCCAUAAGCUGAAUCAGCGUGUGUCCCAGCAUGCCCUGAGAGGUCAGCUCAUUGGGUACUACAAUAGCCUAAGAAGCCUCUUAGAUGAUUUCCCUGUAAUCAGAGACAAGUACUUCAUAAUUGGACUACCUCAAGGAAAAAAAGAGGACCAAGACUUAAAGAAAAACCUUGCAGUGGAUCCCAGAUCCUUCCAUCCUCGACCACGCUCUUUGCUGUCUCCAGAUGGACACACCUUCCUUAACUUGUGGUUCAUCCCUCACCCUACUGAAGUGCUGAUCAUGUUCAAAAUGCUUCCAGAGAAGGCUGCGCUCAGAGCUCUCCACCUAAGCCUAGAAAUUGUUGGUGCAUUUCAUGAUGUGGUUUCGUAUCUCCUGGCUUUUGCUCAAUUAGGAAAUUCCCCAAACUGCUUUUGUGCCUUAAACCCAGAGCCUCUGACCCCAGACUGGGGAGGGACUGACAGGAUUGGGACUGAACUUCAAGAGAUACAGAAAAUGAUUGACAGCCUGCAUAAUCCACUGGAUCCCAGCAAAGUAGCCCAGCUGCUAGCUGCUCACAGAGAAGUGAUCUUUCUACAGUUUGAUGCAGCGAUCAGGCAUCGACUACGAGAGACAUUUUUGUCCUCAGGGAAUGUUUCAGCCUACCAGAGAGUAACGGACCAGAUAUACCACGCGCUGCCUCCAUUGAGUAACUCUGCGAUUCAGAGUGCCUUUGCUUCACAGCUAAGGCUCCCACAGCUUCUGGAUCCUCAAAGCUGCAGACUGUGCCUGUGCAGCCUGAGCGAUGCAGACCGACGAGUUGCUCAUGGGGAGCUGGUGGCCAUGCAGUUUCUAAUGGAGGAUGUACUGCAGAACAGCUACGGCUGCGCUCUGGAAGAUCACACUGGCUGUCAAGCCUCAUUAGCUAAGAGCAAACAGCAGAAUUUGGCAGAAAUGGUUGACUCAAGUGCUAACUGGUUGCAGAACAGCAAAAAGACGUGCAAACUUUUGCUGAGGCAUCAUGAUCCACUCGUAUCAUGUAACUUGCUGAGAUCUUUUCUGAUACUGUGGAAGCAACUAGAAAUAUUAAAGGCAGAAUGGGGCCGGCUGAAGCUGAGGACUGAGGAUAUCAAUACAGUUCCUCUCUACAAAGAGUUUUGUGAGCAAUAUGGUGCAGAUAUCCUGUACCCGGCCAUGAAAGCCAUAGUCGGACAAAUGGGCACAGAGGAGGAGUUUGGAGAGCCCCUUACGAGCACUCAGCAUAUACUUCCCACCAGAGGAGCAUCAGAAAUCGAAAUGAAAGUGUGCCAGCUUCAAAAGCUUCUGGAAAGCCUAGAAAUCCACAUGAUCCAUGAUGUGCAGAAGAAAAUUAACCAGGAGAUGACUCUUGUGACAUCUGAAAGAGCCAGACAAGAGACCAGUCUCCCUACCGAGCUCUGGAAACACAGGGUAAUGCAAGAAAAUUUCUCAGUUGUACGACCACAGAUAGUUGAAACAUUUGUUCAAAGGCUGAUGGAAAACUACCAAGAAUCAGAUACAGAGGUUACUUUUAAAAAAAGCCAUUUACAACAGUGUGUCACCGUACUGGGCUGUGACAUCAUGGCCAGAGAGCGCAGCAACUUUGAGACCUACUCCAUGUUUUAUGAAAAUAUUCUCCAGCAGCAGCACCGUCUACUUUACCAAAAAGAACAAGAGCUGCACGCAGUGGAAGAAGGUGGCAACCAAAGCGAUAUGGCUCUGACACAGAUACUGGGGCUGUGCCAUGGGAUGAUUAUGGAAAUAACUGCUCUCAGAUCCCAGCUCACUGACUUAGAGGAAGAAAAUCUUGGUCUCAAAGAGAAGAUUAGAAAAGAAGUACGGGAUGAAUAUGAAUCAUUAGUGCGGAACUUAUUUGUGACUUGUGUCCAUCUAAAAGGAAAGUUGGAUGUCUAUCGCCUUAGCAUUGAGCAACGAGUGUUUGAAAUCAUCAGUGAAGUGAGAAGAGAAGGAGUUGACAAUAUGAUUGAUCUGAAGGAAAAGUUUGGCUCUACUAAAAAUAAUGGUGACUUGAAAGAACAUUUGUCUAAAGAACAGCUGCAGCUCUUGCGGGAUGAAAACAUCAGGCUGAGCACACUGGUUUGUAAGCUAAAGGCUCUGAACUGUUGGAAGCAAAUUACUCAGAAGGCACAGCUCUCUGCAAAGCUUAGAGAUGCUGAGAAGGAAGCUCUUCAAAACAAAAAAGAGUGUCUGAAUGCCAAGAUGAUGGCAGAACAAGAGGUGACUUCAUUUCAGGGUCAGCUCGCAUCUGUAAGGAAAGCUCUUGCAAAAUCUCAAGCAGAAAAUGAUAAGCUAAAGAAACAGCUACAUAAACAGAUAAGAAGCCGGUUAACCCAAGAGUGCAGUUUAAAGCAGGAUGCCUUCCAGCAUGUUGAUGAACGGCAGUGCCAAGUUUAUGACCUGGAAGCUGCAGUUUCCCAGAGGAAUGCGACUGCAGGUUCUGCAGCCCAGAUACACAGCAUGCCCACUCAGCAUAGGGAUUACCAGCAGCAUCCUUUGGAUUUUGACCCAAGAAGCAGCAAUGCAACAGGAGGAAAAACUCAAAGACCAAAGACAGUGCCGAGCAGAUGGAAAGAGAGGAUGGCAGAUAGGCUAUUACCAAACCUAAAUGAUAAGUCUCUUCCUACUGUCUUCAUGCAGCUACAGAAACAAAGGCUGGUCCAGAAGUAA